AAGCAUCAAAGAUCGAUCACUUUUUUGCAAUUUAUCAACGUUUAUCUUGCUUUUGGUCGUUUUGGUUUUUUGGUCCAACCCUAUUAAAAGUAUCUUUUUUAAUACGAAAAUGGCGCUACAAAUAGAAUAGGCCAAAACUGGUUUAACUGGUCAGAAAAGAUAUGAAAUUUCGAAAACUUAACCUUCAACCCUUUUAAGGACACGCUUGAAAUCCAUUUUUACUGAACAAAGUUACUGUGAUUCUACAACAAUACUAACUCCCAUUCUGGUUAUUCCAUGUUUGCUAAUCAUAUCUGAAAAUGAGUGCUGAGAAUAUCAAUUCUGAACAAACUGUGAUCAAAGUAAAGCUAUCGGGUGAAGAUUAUCGUGACAUUGUGAUCGACUGGACGGAUACAAGUCAAGUAUAUGAACAACAAGUGUUUAGCCGAUUUGCAGAAAUAUCAGGAAUACCGGUUGAGCGUACUGCAGUCUUUUCGGUUAUUUUGGGUGAUCACGGAGGCGAGAUUUGGGUGACCAACAAACGUGCAAAACCUGAACUCGAGACCCCUGAUUGGAUUCAUCAGCGGCUAGAAUUUAACAGAGAAAAUCUUUUGAACCUCAUGAACGGCAAUGAACACUUUGGCCUUUCUCCAUGGCUGUGCUGUGAUAACAAUAAGCAUUUUUAUAUAUGGUACUUUUUUGUGCCAGAAAGAUUCAUGGAUGAAAAUGAAUGUACUCGACAUUUUUGUCAUUACUUGGACAAUAGAGCUAUUUUGAACAAAUUUAAGGCAAUUAUAACUGAUGAUGUAUUACAAUCACAAAUGAAGGAUUUUCUUGUUCAACCGAGGUGGCCACAGUUUGAUAGAUUCAUUUUUCGCGAGCGAUGGCAUAAUGCUUAUAGAAGAUUCAAUAUCAUGCAAUACUAUUACAGAUCUUGUAUUCGCAGAAUAGAAUUUCACAGAUCUUUUUAUCAGCGUUUCGAUUAUGUGCCACCUCAUCUCUAUCUGAGAACUCAUGGUUGACGAUAAGCUGCAUCAUUUUUACUGGAGUAGCCAUGAUUUCAAUCAAAGUUCUUGCUUCAAAAAUAAAAAAUUGGAACAUCUGAACAUCAGUUUAACAUGAAAGCAUUUUUAUAAUUUAUAUUCAUUAAUGAUUAAAAGACAGUUAUUUUACUUUGCAAAUUAUUCGUAGUUUCCAUUGUUUUCAGGUCGAAUCCGAUAAAUUUUAUUUGGAUUGCAAAAAGUUCAGUUCAACUGAUGCUUUUUCGGUGAGCAAUUGAACUCUCUGAUUAAAUUUUCCGUUUGAUAAUAUUAUCUGUAUUGUGUGUAUUUAUAUGCUGUUUGAUAUUGAAGGUGCCAUUUGCUGAAAAAUUCGUUGAAGAAGGCGAUCAAGCUGUUCCUAAAGUGAAGUCUCUUAAACGAUUUGCAGCGAUUCUCUC